AUGCUUAGUGCACUAGCGGAUCGCGGCUCGACAGCCGAGGGUGACGUGAUGCUAGUUCUGGCAACGAAAGAAGCAAAAGUCAUGUUGGGAUUGAUGCGAGAAUCCCUUAAAAACAUAUCAUUGGCGGUCAAUGUCAAAGUUGAUAUAUUCACGGAUGAUGACCAGGUUGACUUGAAGGAGUUUAAUAAGCAGCCCCGGAUAAUUUCUGUGCACAGGGGUCGCCUUUCACCGGGACACUGGGUAGGUAUCCCUAAGAAUAUAGAGGCCUUCAUCUGUGGUCCAAACGAUUUUGGCGACUCGGUUACUAAGGGGUUGCUAGCUGCUGGUCUACCACUAGACCAAAUUCAUAGGGAAGGAUUUUAUUGA